AAAGUCCCAUACUUGAGAUUUAAUGACUUUCCUGUCAACUUUCCACCCAUGCUGAGAGUGAAAACAGUGUGUGUCACCCACACCCGACAUGACCUUCAUAUACAUGUACAUGUAGAAUCUGUCCCUUUAAGUCAGACAGACAGACAGACAGACAGACAGACAGUUUAUUCAGUACAAUGCAGAUUGGAUAUUAACAUUGUCACGUGAUGUACAUGAUCAGAUUUUAAAUCAAGUUACACAUUCCUCAUUUUAAAGACAUGUUUUAAGAAUACAUGAAACAGCGUGGAUCAUAUCAGGAUUUUCAGAGUUUAGCAGCUUUAUCAUUAACUGACGGUCUUUAAAAGUACCUUGCAACAUGGGGAGAAAUUUAUACCUUAAAUGGGAAUACGUUUCACAUGUAAGUAAGACAUGAUAUUCAUCCUCUACUUCCCCGGAUGAACAGUUUGUACAAAUAGAGUUCAUAAUAUCACCGUAUUUGGAUCUGCGACAUAUAUUUACAAUAAGUUCUGAUUAAACUUUUAUCAUUUUAACAAGUUAAAUAUCUUUCAGUUUGUAACAAUGAUUUUACUUUGAUGUAAUUGCUGAGAUAAAGGGAUUCAGAAAUACUUUGGUGCCACUGUUGACAAAAUAUAUCCUUCAGUCUUUGCUUAAAUGAAUAUCAAGUAAACUGUGGAUCUCCCACAUCUUGAGAAAUCCAUACACUUGAAAAGCCACUAACAAUUAAUAGAUUUCUCACAUCUGAAACCCAAUUAUUUUUUCCAUCACAUCAAGUACCUUUAACAUUUUGUAACACUGAUAUGGGUAUCUACGUCUGUUACCCAAUUUCGUUUUCCAUUUUUAUCAAAGAGUACCAUCAAAUUAUAACAUUUUUUCGGGAACCUAUAAGAUGGCAUAUUCAAUAAUCUUAACCAAUAUUUGAUAACCUUUAGAUAUGAAUAUAUAUAGAUUGGAAAUCUUCCACAAUCACCAUAUACCAUAACACUUUAACAUUAACUUUAACACCAAUGAAUUUCUUGCAGGCAUAUAAAUGUACUUUUUCUAUUUGUUCAAGCUUACUGAGUCCCCAUAUCUCUGCUCCAUAUAGAAAUAUCGGACUUAUCUUUAAAUCAAAUAUCGACUUGUAAGUAAUAUUUCCAAGAGUAAUGAUUUGUUUUAACACACCAAUUAAUACCUUUUGAGCUUGCAUCGAUGCUUGCUUUGCAUGCAUAGACCAACUAAGAUGAUUUGUAAAGUAUACACCUAAAUACUUGUAGAAAGAGGUAGUUUCUAGGCGUUCCCCUUUGUGAAACCAUUAUUCCUUUUGAGCAAGUUUCCCACCAUUUUUAAAAACAACGAUCUUCGUUUUAUCUUUGUUUACAGUUAAUCAUAAUAAUGUAAAUAUGAUGAUGGUACUACUUACUUUGUGUAUUUACAACACAAUCAAAACAUCAAAUAAAAAUAGAAAUCUGUUAUAUAUAAUAUUUGUAGUAUGAAAUUAUAAUUUGCUUUGUAAAUGCCAAGAAACAAAAAGGAUUAUAUAGGCAGUUGUCACGAGAGAAGUUCGAGACAACACGGUCGAAGGUGUCAUUCAGUAAAAUAAGUAGAUGGUCUAUUGUCCUUUUCUAUGAUAAAUACAUCUACAUAUGUCAGAGUUUGUGAUCUUUUCUUUUGUUUCAAUAGUAAUAGUUGCAUGCCUUGUUCCAGGUUAGAUUUUAAAGUUUGUUUUUGAUUGAUCAGGUAUGAAUAGAAAACCAUGAUGACACAAUUUAGAAAACUACAAACGUAACUACAGGUUACGUAUACUAGUAUUUAUCUGGUACCAUGUAUACUGUUAUACCUGAAAUACCUAAUUAUUUGUAUGCUGAAAUAUCAAACUGAUCGGGUAAUAUUAAAUAACGAUUGUAAAAUUACAAUCGUCCUUUUUGCUUUGGAAUUUAACAGUAGCCUCCCUUUCGAAAAAACACCCAAACCCGGCAAACCCCAUUUUCACUGCUAGCCCCAAACAGGCAUUAACCAAUAACAUUUGAUUACUUGCGAAACGUAUCGUCGAACACAUCGAAAAUUCAUUUAACAACGCUCGUAGAUUGAUGUGCAUUUUUCAUUCAUUGGAACUAUUAGCAUUAUAAAAUAGUAGCGAAUUUACAUGAAAUAAAGACAUUAAUAUGGCGUUAUUUUUUUCUGGCAAAUAGUAAAGCAUUUACACCAGCCGGUGACCAUGCAUUUUUGCAACUAAAUCUAGCCUGGAUUUAUUUUUUAAUAAGAUAUGAAGAUAAUGUGGAGAUAUAUUUUGUGAACAUCAAAAAUAAGGUGAUCUGUUACAAGUGUCUUCCUUGCAUCUGGAUGAGUUAUAUUCACCCUUCCUGAGUUCCUGUGUAAAUUACCGGAUCGUAGUUUUCUGUGGCGUUCGUAAUGAUUUGGUAUAUUUGUUUAUUUAUAAUAGUUAUACACUUGCAGCAUAAAAUGAGAUAUAUUAACUGAUUUUUAAAACAAAUAGAAUCAGUUAUAAAAUACUUUUGAUAUCGGAUCGGCUUUUUCUUCACACGCCCCCGAAAACCUACGCUCGUAGAUAGCCGUCAUAUAUUCAUUUCCUGUCUUUUUCUUUGAGUGAAACUUUUUGGGAGGUAUUAUCGACAGCUUGGUAGCGGUAACAUCACUGUCAUUCUAUUCAGAUAAAUCUUUGUGAUCCGCUAAGAGAUGUCCUUUUAUUGGAUUAUCGCUGGUCGUAGUCGGAUAAAUCUCGGCUAAGGGAAUUAACUCUAGCCCCGGAUAUUAUGUAAUAUUGUCUACGUGGCUACCAGAAUGGUCAGUUGUGAAUGUCUACGCAUCAUUUGCGCAUCUGUAGCGGUACAGGGAGGUUAACAGCAGGGUGUCGGGGUGUAUCAGUUACAUGCCAGACCGUAGCGCUGAUGUGUCUUUGCAGAUUCCAAGUGACCACCAGUUUCAGCGCUGUGUACAUUCUACAAAAUCUUUUCUACAAGACCUCCAUAUGAACAAUCAACUUUCUAUUCUCUGUCUUGUCUGAGUGCACAUACAGGAGUGGAGCUAUAAUUUCUGCCAAAUGUUUCUUGGUAUGAUGCAAAACCCAAGAAUCGAAGGACUUCAUUUACUGUUGAAGGUGUUGGCCAUUCACGAACAACUCUAGUUUUCUCCGGAUCUGUUUCAACACCAUUUUGAGAUAUAAUGUGCCCCAGACAUGAAACGCACAUCUUCAUGAAAUGACACUUUCCAGGGUUUAAUCCCAAACCAGCUUCUCGAAGACCAUCCAAUACAGUUUGACGCACAAAAGGAAUAACUGUGGACCUUUUCGGUGGACAGAGCCAGAUUAUGUUUACCAAAUAUUAACACAAUCUUUCAUUGUCAUACUGAACUGGUAUCAAGAUUUCACCAGUACGCCACCCACCUUCCACGAGGACACAUACACAGUAGGCAUCGCCGGUGUUGAAGUCAUGCCGAGAAGGGGUCAUGUGCCAUUCCUCAUCGCUGUGGGGACUGGACUCCUUGUCUUCACUACCAUCCUGAAUGUAAACUUUAAAAACUACAAUUAUUUUCGUUUUCUCUGCCAAAAUGGUUCACAGAUCGAGUGCAAAAACGUUUUGGACGAAAUGGUGCGAGGAGCGUGGACACCGAGGAGGGCGACGUUUGAAGAAAGAGAGAAAGUUGAAAAAUUCUUGAUAGCUUCAAGAGGAAAGUAUUUUGUACCAACAACCUUGGCACGUCCCGAUGGUGUUUGUGGAAAUACAACUUUUGACUUUCUGAAAGGCCUACAACACCAGGCUCUGUGGUUCCGACCCCUGUGCGAUCCGUUUGGUCCAACACCAUGUUGCUAUAACAACAAAUGCGUGUAUAAGACAAUGAAGGAAUGUAUGUGUGAGAACUGUUUUGACAUGCGCAGGCCUAUUAAUGCUGAACUUACUGAUUGGAAACCAUCCAGCCCCAAUUGUCAGAUCUCAAUGUUGAACAAAGAUGAAGCGUGUGAACUUAUUAAAGGGGCUACUAUCUACUACAUCGGGGACUCGUUCUUGAGGCAGAUGUACACAGUGACUGUCCAAAUCCUCACUGACAACUAUAAGGACUCCACGCUAAAGUCUACAACACCAACAGGGUGGCGGGAGUACUGUUCAGGCUGGAUGCAGCUGCUGUGCGACUCCUACUUAAACUACGCCGCUCCCGUGUGUGGCGGCCAGACCAACGUCAUCCAUGUUCAACUCAUCACACAAAAUCAAGGCCCAAGAUUACUCAGCUUACUGAAAAGUAAAAAGAACCAGAAGUCUAUUUUCUUUGUGGGCAUUGGUAUCCACGGGACCUAUAAUGAACAACUGGUCUGGAAGAACUUUCUUUCUCCAUCAAUCAACCUUCUACACGAAUACGCAAAAAAUAAGACAGUAUGGCCGAAACUGGUGUGGGUUUCCCCCCACGCUCCCGGAAUACUGAAAACCCCACGGGUUCCAGGCCAGAGUUACAGCAGCGUUGUCAGAUAUAACGCCUUCAUCAACAGCCAUGUCAGAGCAGCUGGGAUACCAAUACUGGACACCUUCAACAUGACAGACGGCAUCAUGAGCUACGAUGGGGCACACUACGGGUUCGGAAUUAACAUGAUCAAAUCUCAGAUUGUGUUUAACUACCUUACACAUCUGCGGGCACAUGGCAUAUGGUGACUCAGCAUGAGAAAGUUUGCUACACGCUCAUACGGUGGGACUGUGAGGGGGUUAAUGCCUCCAACUAGUGUUACACAAGAGAGGUGAGGCUGUUACUACAUCAGUGAACUCCUCUGUCGUUCAAGAGUGUUUACCUGAGCGUUCACCUACACUGUCCAGCGCCUCAUCCGCUCGCAAGUAACGGCUGAAACAGGUGACCUAGUACGUGUGGCCCUGCCUGGUGUUGGAGACGCACCCAAAUGUCGCGACAAACAUUUGACUUGAUGGACUCCUCCCAGAUGGGCUCCUCGGGGCUUCUGGUGGGAGAGGUGCAUUCAAGGAGCAGUGCAAAGAGGAAAAUCCUUCUCGUGACGCUGGGUGUGUGUGUGGUGACGGGAUGUAUCGUUGGACUGGUGUUCGGCCUGAGGCCUCAGCCCGGUGCUCCAGACAUGGCUUCCAGCAAACCGCCUGCGAAACAGACUUGGAUGUCUCAGUCAUGUCUGGGCGGAAACAAACAGUCACAGUGCCCUUGGCGUGACAAGUCCAGCUCUCCGCUGCUUGUGUUAGCGCUUGACGGCUUCCGUGCUGACUACAUAGACCGUGACGUGACACCAACCAUCCAGCACCUGAUAGAGUGUGGGGUGCACACCCCGGGUAUGAGGCCCGUAUACCCGAGUCUUACCUUUCCCAAUGACCAGACUAUUGUCACGGGUUUGUAUCCUGAAUCUCACGGCAUUGUCGACAACAACAUCUACGACGGUGACAUCGGUGACGAAUUCAAGAUAAAGACAAAGAGUAAAGACAAGCCAGCUUGGUGGGGCGGAGAGCCAAUCUGGGUGACGGCAAAGAAACAAGGAAAGCGUUCUGCCACUUUCAUCUGGCCUAUGGCGUCGGCCAUAAACAUCUCAGGAAUUGUUCCAGAUAUUCAGCAACUAUUUGAUCCCACUAUCCCGAACGCGAAGCGUAUUGACACAGCCCUAGGAUGGCUCACGCUGCCGGAGGGGGAGCGACCAGACUUCCUCACUGUCUACAUCGAUGAUCCGGACAAGAUAGGGCAUAAACAUGGGCCUAACAGCACACAGAUGACGUCCAAGCUGAAGGAGAUGGACGAACUUUUGCGACGGCUUAUGGAGGGUCUGUAUGAGAGGGGUCUGCAUGAAUGUGUCAACAUAAUGAUUAUCGCUGAUCAUGGUAUGACGUCCACGUCGUGUGGGCGAAAAAUGUACUUGGACUGCUACACCGAUGUGGACAACGUCCUCAUCUUCGACGGAGUAAUCGGCAGGAUCAGCACAGAAUAUCGGCGUGAGAAGGGCAGCACGGACAUUGUCAGGAACACAGAAGCUCCAUCCCCGUCAACAAUAGUGUCUGACUUGGAGUGCCGGACAGAGCACUUCAAGGUUUUCACCCGCGACACGCUGCCUGCCAGAUUCCACUACAGCAACAACGAACGUAUUGGAGACGUGGUGGUUGACGUCGAGGAGGGAUGGCUCGUCUACAAAAAACAGAGGAACUAUUGCCCUAAGGGAAGCCAUGGGUACGACAAUAGGUUGAAGAGCAUGCAGGCAUUGUUUGUCGGCUUCGGGCCAUCAUUCAAGCAGAACGAAGUGGUGGCUCCAUUUGAGAACAUAGAACUCUACAACCUCAUGUGUGAUGUUCUGGGCAUAACACCCGCCCCAAACAACGGGACAGAGGGAGGUCUCCACCACCUACUCAAGUCUCCCCCGUCCCUGAAGAAGAACACAUUCUCGACAACAAGUUAUCUCCCUUGUCACCGGCCAGAGGGCUUGUGGAGUGAGCUUCAGAACUGUACCUGUACCAGCUCGGAGCAGCAGCAGUUCGUUAUGGACACAGUAGGAGAACAAGCCACACCUGGCCUGCCGCCCCCGACCCUCCACAUCAGUGACGACAUGUGUAUCCUACGGCAGACCCACCACAUUGUCGGCUUCAGCCACACCCUGCGCAUGCCCAGAUGGGUGGCCACAACAUGCAGCCAACAGAUGCUAUUCCCCGACACAACUGGGAGAGUGUGUGUGAUACCAGACGGUCGCCUCACCGCUAGGGACAGAACAACGUGGGCAGGGCUGCAGACCGGGAACAUCACCCACGGCAAUCUUCUCCCAGGGAACUACUACCAAGACGCCUGUGGUGAUCUCGCCCUGUCGUCGACACUAGUCCCCAUGUAUGAUGGCUUCAGAGCAGGUAUCUGGCAGUUUGUAUGGGAGCUGAUUUACAACAACGCUGAUGGAGCUGUCGCUGUCAUUGCUGGCCCCGUGUUUGAUGAUGACCACGACGGACGGGUUGAUACGGAUGACACCAAGAUGAGAUAUGCCGACACCGCGAGGACUGCUGCACUGCCGUCUCACUUCUUCCUGAUCCUGGCCAGGUGUAGGGAGUCGUCGCAGACGCUGCCGUGCGGUGGAAAUGUUGACACUCUCUCCUUCGUUCUGCCGCACACACAGCGAGUACCCAACUGUCUUGACUACAACAGCUACCUGGCUGACAACCUUGUCCGUAUCCGAGACAUUGAGCUCCUGACAGGGCUACAUUUUCUGGACGAAUACCCCUACCUUUCCCACAUCGGUAUCCGCCUCCACCUGGCAACAGCGCUGUGGCCGAGUACACUGAAGACUCGGGGUGAGGAACCACGUGCCGCUCGUGCCCCACAGCAAUGGCUUGACUGGGCGUGCCCCACGGAGGGCGGCUCCUGCCAGUCAGACUACAAGCCUGUCCUCCUCAUCUCCCUUGAUGGCUUCAGGGCAGAUUAUCUGUCAAGGAACGUAACUCCUGUUAUCCAUAAGCUUAUCGAGCACGGAGUUCAUGCCCCUUACAUGAGGCCCGUGUACCCGACCUACACCUUCCCUAACCACUACACAAUCGCUACGGGUUUAUACCCCGAAUCACAUGGCAUCAUCGACAACAAGAUGUUCGACAUAGCGAUGAACAAGAGUUUCUCCAUCGGGAGUCGCUCCAGUUCCGACUCCAGAUGGUGGGGUGGCGAGCCGAUGUGGCUCACGUCUAAGCGUCAAGGAAAGAAAAGUGCAACCUAUUUCUGGGUAGGAUCCGAUCUUGAAAUAGCAGGUGACAGACCAAACUACUACAAACCCUACGCAAAUGAUGUCCCGUUUGAGGAUCGAGUGAACACCGUUGUGGAUUGGUUGUCUCUUCCUCCUGACUCUCGGCCGGAAUUUCUCACCCUGUACUUCAACCAGCCAGACAGCGCAGGCCACCAAUACGGGCCAAACUCAGACAAUCUGGAUCCUGUGUUGAGAGAUGUAGAUGACAUGAUCGGGUUGCUGAUGCAGAAACUUUACAAGAGGAACUUACACAACUGUGUCAACAUAAUCCUGUUGGCUGAUCAUGGAAUGACUCCCAGGUCAUGUGACCGGGCAGUGGCGCUGAAUGAUGUUCUGUUCGAGGAUGAACUGAGCCACGUGACUGCUUACACCGCCAUGUUUGGUCGUAUCAGCAACAAGUACUCCAAGAAGGGGAGCCAGUACACAGUGUAUGACACGCCUCUAGUGUCUGAAUCUUCCAUCCUGGAGCGACUGCAGUGUCUCUCCCCGCACAUGCGCACAUACAGGAAGGCCGACCUACCCAAGAGACAUCACUAUGCCAACAAUGACCGCAUUGAUAACAUUAUAAUGGAUCUCGACAACGAAUGGAUUGUCACUAAAACACGGAACCCGACAUCAGGCUGCAGUGGAGGCAGCCAUGGGGAAGAUAACAUCUACGCCAGUGAGGGGGCUCUGUUUGUUGCUCAUGGUCCUGCCUUCAAGAAGGGGCUCGAGAUAGAGCCGUUUGAGAACAUCGAAGUUUACAAUCUCAUAGCUGACGUGCUCAACAUCACACCUGCUCCCAACAACGGCACCCGUGGAGCUCUGUUCCAUGUAUUGACUAACCCCCCCAGGCUGGAGGCUGAACCCAGCACAAGCUACACGGAUUGCACCGCCACCUCCCAGACUGUCCUCCAGCAAACUGUCAGUCAACACUGUGGCUGCUCUAAUCAGUCGGAUAUGAUGACCACCAGCUUCAUUGACGUCCCCACCACGUCUGAGGUGUCGAUACAGUGUCAGGUACAUUAUGGCAGUCAGACGUCCGUCUUCAACUCAGACCGGGGCAUGCCAGGGUGGACGACGGUCUACCUCAACAAACAGAAGCGUGUGGAGGCGAGCAGCGAGUGUAUUGUUCCAGAUCCAAGUCUCCACCCACAAGACAGAGCCAGGUACAAGCAGUACACCAGUCCACAGCGCGGCAUCACAGCGACCGGCAUGGUCCCAGCCCGGUUUAGUAGCUGCGGUCGGGUCAGUCUGUCCUCGUCGGUGGUGCCCAUGUUCACAGGUUUCAAACAAGGUUUGUGGGCGUAUGCCUGGCGGGUGGUGGAGACGUACCUGGCCGGGGAUGUGGAGGUGCAGGUGACGGCGGGGCCCAUCUGGGACUACAACAGUGACGGCCUGUACGACACUCCCACCAAUAAGACAAGGGAAGAUGGCAGUGGUAUAAGUAUCCCGACUCACUUCUUCUUAGUGAUCUAUAAGUGUGGCAGAUCCGGCGACAGAUUCCCCUGUGGCGAAAAAGUGGACAUUCUACCUUUCAUCCUGCCCCACACCCCGACACUGGUCACCUGUGAGUCACCAGCUCACUACAUGAGAGAGAACAUGGCCCGUCUCCGAGACAUUGAGCUUCUUACAGCCCUGAGGUUCUUCCCUGACCUUGAUCUUGCCAAAGCCGCCUCACUGCGCACCUUCCUGCCAAGCGAGUGGGAGAGUCCACUCACGGCCCCCACGCAGACGGGAUCCUGGAUGCACCACACAUGUAAAGAUGAACCACAGCAACACUGUACCACAGAUUACAAACCCCUACUGCUCAUCUCUGUGGACGGGUUCCGGGCCGACUACUUACAGGACUACAACGUUACCCCUGUCAUCAAACGCCUGUCAGAGUGUGGAGUCCGCACACCCUUCAUGAGAUCUGUCUACCCCACCAAGACCUUUCCCAACCACUACACUAUCGUCACAGGUCUGUACCCCGAAUCCCAUGGCAUCAUUGAUAACAAUAUGUAUGACUCUGAACUGCAUCAGAAGUUUGGCCUUAAACUGGAUUCCAAGGAGGAUCCAAGAUGGUGGCAGGGAGAACCAAUCUGGGAGACAGUCAUGAAGUCAGGCAAGAAAGCAGCAUCCAUUUUAUGGCCCGGGUCAGAUGUCAAAGCACAUUCCCCCAACUACUUCAAGAGAUACCUGAAAGGCGAUGUGGCCUACAGUGACCGGAUAGACCAGCUGCUGUACUGGUUGACGCGCCCCGCGGACCGCCGCCCGGCCUUCCUCACCCUCUACUUGGAUGAACCCGACCACACCGCGCACGAUGACGGGCCAGUCUCGCCCAGGGUGAUGGAUAAACUGAAGGAGGUGGACGCCCUGAUUGGUCAGCUGAUGGAUAAGCUGUUCCAGCAGAACCUCCACAACUGUGUCAACAUCGUCCUUCUGGCGGACCAUGGUAUGACCAGUAAGAGCUGUUCGCGGAUGGUGAGCCUGAAGUCGUAUUUCACACGAUCCCAACUGAGAAAGCUGUUUGUGUAUGAUGGAGCAGCAGGCCGGAUCAGCAACAUGUACACCUACGGCAGCUCCAACAACGUCCCCCUCCAGACGCCGCAAGUGAGCAAGGACACCAUUCUGGAGAACCUGCAAUGUAGAAAUUCCCACCUCCGUGUGUACGACAAGAACCAAUUUCCUGUUCGCCAUCACUACGUCAACAACCGUCGCAUUGAUAGUGUCAUCCUCGACUUGGAUGAACGAUGGAUUGUUUCAAGAACCGGGUCCUUCAGCAGCUACUGCAUGGGCGGUGACCACGGCUACGACAAUCUCUACAAGAGCAUGGGGGCCCUGUUCCUGGCCCAUGGCCCUGCCUUCAAGCAACAGUUCUCGGCGGACACAUUUGAAAAUAUAGAAGUUUACAACUUGAUGACAAGUGUACUUGGUGUCACCCCUGCGCCAAAUAACGGCACCCCCGGGGCGCUGAACCAUAUGCUGAAGGACCCCCCUGCAUCUCUGGAAGCUGACCCACCACCACCGGCAUACAGGAACUGUUCUGAUACACAACAAACAUACACAGAACUGUUGCAAGGCACCUGUAACUGCAGCCUCACUGAACAACAGGCUGCCGACAUCUCUACACUGAACACCCCCGCCGUCUCCCCCGCCAUCAUCCCCGCCGUCACCCCCGCCAUCACCUCCGCCGCCUGUCUGCUGCACCAUGGAGACAACAUCGCCGCCUACAGCCACGACCUGCAUUUGCCUCUGUGGGUCGCAGUCACUGUCAAGCAAGAAAAUGCAAACUCCACGCAUUACUCCCAGGAGCCCGUCUGUGUAGUGGCCGACCCUAUGCUGGACGUCAGUGAGAAACGCGUGUACACCAGAUACCAACAUGGCGCAAUCACUGCAGGGAGUCUUGUACCAGGAAGUGAUGCCAGCUGCAGCUCAGCCCAGCUCUCCUCCGUGGUGGUGCCCAUGUACGACACCUUCCGCACAGGAAUCUGGAGGUACAUGUGGCAGUUGGUGACUACUUACGCUGGCCAGUAUGGUGACCUCGGGGUGACGGUGGGGCCGGUGUUUGACGGCAACAGUGACGGCAGAUACGACGGUCAUGAUGGUCUCUCAAGAUAUGUCGAUGACAUUGAAACAGUUCCCUUCCCAACUCACUUCUUUGUGGUGAUUGUGCGAUGUGGGAAUGACAGUUCUCUCCCUUGCACAGACCAGCUGCAGCUGCUUUCAUUCAUUCUCCCACAUGUGAAGGAAUCGCCCAAUUGUUUAGAGAACCAUAUGCAACUUCUGGAGAACACGGCCAGGGUCAAGGACAUUGAGCUGAUAACUGGUUUCCAGUUCUUCACAGAUGUUGACAGAAACAAGGCGGCCCGACUCGCCACCUUCCUGCCAGAUGCAUUAUGGGAUGCUCCUGGGAUAUCUGAACCAGAACCGACUGUUGAGUGGAAGAACCUGCCCUGCCCGGGGGAAGGGAACAAUACGUGCAGUUCAGACUAUAAACCCUUGCUACUGAUCUCCUUUGAUGGCUUCCGUGCCGACUACCUGUCUCGUGGCCUCACUCCAGUACUGCAGCGUCUGGUGGAAUGUGGAAGCCACUCACCCUACAUGAGGCCAUCCUACCCAAGCAAGACCUUCCCGAACCAGUACACUCUAGUCACAGGUCUGUACCCGGAGUCGCACGGCAUCGUGGACAACACCAUGUACGACUUUGACAUGGGGAAGAAAUUUGCCAUGGGAGGAGAACACUCCUCUGACCCAGGCUGGUGGCGUGGGGAGCCGCUAUGGUUGACAGCUCAGAGGCAAGGGAAGAGGUCUGCAACCUACUUCUGGCCAGGGUCGGAUGUACAGAUUGAUGGGUCCUAUCCAGACACAUAUCGCAGAUACGACGGGUCAGUGCCGUUCAGUGACCGCGUGGAGACUGUGGUCAGCUGGUUGACCAGGCCCGCCGCCGAGAGACCGGACUUCAUCACGCUCUACUUUAACCAACCCGACUCUGCUGGACACAGCGAUGGCCCCAGAUCUGACGAGGUUAAUGACAGUCUAAGGAUGCUGGACGAGUUGAUGGACACACUGAUGGCCCUACUGUACCAGAGCAACCUCCACAACUGUGUCAACAUCGUCAUAACCGCCGACCACGGCAUGGCUCCCCUCCAGUGUGACCGACUCUUCCUUUUGUCCAACUUCUUCUCCAGGGAUGACAUGCGCACCUUCUACGUCUAUGAGGGAGCCUUUUCUCACAUCAGCAACAAGUACAGCUACAGGAAUAGAGACUCCGUCACUCUGGUUACCAACCCCCAGUUUAGCCUGGCGGAGAUUGCCGAUAAUCUCCGCUGUAAUAACAGCCACGUGCAGGUGAUGUACAAGACGGACCUGCCCCGACGCCUCCACUACGCCAACAACGACAGGAUCGAGGGGAUCUACCUUGACGUCGCUGCCAAUUGGACAGCAUCGAGAUACCGCAACAACAGAUAUUGUUCUGGUGGAACUCACGGGUACGACAACGCCUACAGAACCAUGCAUGCACUAUUCUUGGCAUAUGGCCCAGCCUUCAAGAUCAACAAAACCAUCCCUGGCUUUGACAAUAUUGAAGUAUACAAUAUGAUGGCAGACGUGCUGGGGAUAACUGCAGCUCCCAACAACGGUACACAUGGGUCGCUGAAUCCCAUCCUCCUGUCGCCUCCAAACAUCACACGCACCGCAGGAACUCCCUAUCUGAAUGUGUCUGAUGUGGAUGAAGCGGACCUCCUCAACAUCAGCUCCGUCUGUAGCUGUCCUCUGUCAGCCCAGGAGGCGUACAUGUUAAGCAGUCAGCUGAUGACACCUGUCGCGAUACACCUCCCCUUCGGGCGUCCCUCCCUGCAGCAUCCCAUGAUGGCAGUCCACCUCCUGGAACAGUCCAGCUUCGUGGCCGGAUACUCCUCCCAGCUCCGACUACCGCUGUGGGUCUCCUACACAAUCACACAGAGCAUGCUCCCUCAGGCUGGGACGGGUUCCCCGUACACCAACUGCAGUCUUCCCGACCCCCGCCUUGCCACGCCCACCACCUGGUCAUGCGACACAGAGGCACCUGGAAAUACAUCCUAUGUGUCUCUGAUACCUCCAGAUUUCCACCUCCCGGGUGAUCUGACGUACCGGCUGUCGACAUCCAUGGUGCCAAUGCUGGAAGGUUUUAGUGCAGGGAUUUGGAGUGAGCUGUAUGGACUUGUUCGGAACUGGACAGAGACAUAUGGCGUGGCUAACAUCAUUAGUGGGCCAAUAUUUGACCACAGUCACAGAGGACAUCUGGAUGUAACCAACAUUAUAAAUGGAUCCUCUGGUGUUCCCUCCGACUACUUCACAAUCAUCAGCCAGUGUGGAUCUGGUGUGACCCGUCUGGACACCUGUAGAGAUCCUCAUGUUCUGGCCUUUAUACUUCCCCACCGACCGUCCUACACAUUCAACUGUCAGAAUGCAACUCAUUACCUGUUGGACAAUGAAGUCAGAGUGCGAGAUGUGGAGCUCCUCACAGGGCUAGAGUUUUUCACCAACACCCCUGUAGAGAGCUCUGCACAGAUACGGACAGCACUGCCACACACCUUAUGGAACAUGAGCCAGAAAUUUCUGCAGUAAUGCAUUUUCUGAGCCAAUUUUUGAGCUUGUGAACAUGUGAACACACUGGGACACACAGUAUUUGGAUUCGACUCCUCGAGAGCUUUCCAAUGAUAUAAAACAUGUUUUUGUAGCUCGCUUCCAUCUGUGUGGUCAAGUUCGGACUCCUGGCCAUUCCUAAGUUGCCCCGCCCUGCCUUCAGUGAUUCGUAUGUUAACGAUCAUACAUUUCACUAUGAUUUUCCAUGUCACUGGCAGAAUGUUUUUUUUUGCAGAAAUUUCUGACAGUAUUUUUUUUUUCUACAGAAAAUUUCUGGCAGAAUUAUUUUUUUUACAGAAAUUUCUGGCAGAAUUUUUUUCUGCAGUAAUAUCAACCAUCAAUCUUUGGAGAGUUUAAAUUGAAUUCAGCAAUUGAAGAUAUUUAUCUUGGUAUUAUAUUUACCAAAUUUAUCAAGAAAAGUUGACGUCACUCGAAUUAAACAAUGGAACAACA